AUGAUAUUUCAUUUGGUCUUGCAAGUGCAUACGGUUCAAGUUUACUUGGUAAUCGAUUGUAAACAAAUUGAUGGUGUUUGGCAUACAGGAGUUGGUGUACUUGGUCGCGAGUAUCUGUUUGGUUCUAGUGGAGUUUCAUAUACAACUCCUGAAGAAAUCUUUCGGCAAGGUUUGGCGCCUAAACCUAAUGUGAAAGAACUUGGUCGUACGAAGAAAACGCUCGCUGAGAUACAGACAUGGGUUAGAGAAAAAAGUUCAAGUAGUUUCCGUGGUGAUCGAUACGAACUACUUGACUGGAAUUGUAAUAACUUCAGCGAUGAAUUUACCAAGUUUCUUCUCGAUAGUUCAACUUCCUUGAUCCCCGAAGAGAUUCUUGAAUUACCAAGAUUUGUCAAAACAACACCAUUGGGAAGAAUGCUUCUCUCAUUUCUGAACAAAGAUCCAAUAUCCAUUGCACAACAAACUGGAACCAAUAAUACAUUUGCUGAUACCUCUGUGCAUGUGAUGCCAUCAGCCACCAAUAGUAAUACAAAACUAGACAAAGUUCCAGCUCGACAUUGUAUUCUGCCAACAAUGGACAAAUUAACACCGCGUGUAGAUUUAAUAGAACAAAAAUGUAAUCGAACAUUGUCUGUUAAUGAAAAAGAACAAUUGAAAGAGAUUGACCAGUUACUUCGACCAGAUGGAAAUAGUUCGCCUUUAUUAACUCGAAGUCACAUCGCGCUUUUGAUUUCUUUGAUGGUCAAUUCGAUUGAAGACGCAUCCGGUCAAAAGAUAGUUCUCGAAGUUCUUCAGUUACUGUCGGAAUAUGAAUUUGUUAUUAAGAUUCUCAACGAACUUAAAGGACAAGAAUCUCCAGUAGAACUUUUGAAAGGUUUAUCGGAACAACCAGAACCAAUUCAAAUCGAAUUUUUACGUUGGUUCUCUUCCAUUGCUGCCACAUCGAAUGGACGAACCAUGCUAAUUGAUAUCCAAGAUGAUAUUGCACCGAUAUUUACCGAUUCCAUUCAUAACGAAACAACAUCCAGUAAGGUUAAAUAUGAAAUCAUCAUAGUUUUACAUAAUCUUUUAUGUAUCAACACGGAUACUCGAUUAAGCUUUAUGAAUUCCAUAUCGAUCGGAUCAGCUAUAGUUCAAUAUAUGACCACUCCAGUGAAUGGAGAUGAAGCAGAAGUUUAUUUGGCUGUAUUUAUUGCAUUAGCUGAUGCCGAAAAAGACCUUUACGGCAUUGCUCAAGCAAUGGAUUUUGCUCCAGAUUAUUACUCAUCGAUUGUUGGAUGUCAGCCAUUAAUUGAAAAGAUAAAAACCAAUUUCCAAAAUGUCUGA